UUGCUGUUAAUUUCGCGGCAAAUAUAUCCAUUCUUCAGUUUCAUGUGGUGUCGCGAAGGCUUGUGGGUAAUGCCUUCGCGAUGCAUCCAGUUUCACUCGAGCGAGCCAGCUGACUGUCUCGUUCAGGCGCAGCGCAAUGCUCCGACUCCGCUGAAUCUCUACGAUAGUUUCUCUCAAUCUCCGCUCGGAUGAACAUGAGUCGGAACGAGCAUUCGCUGCAGGCUCUGUCCUGGAGAAAGCUUUAUCUGAGCAGAGCCAAACUCAAAGCGUCCAGUCGCACGUCCGCUCUUUUAUCCGGUUUCGCAAUGGUGGCCAUGGUGGAAGUACAGCUAGACACCAAUCACGACUAUCCCCCAGGACUGCUCAUAGCCUUCAGCGCUUGCACCACCGUGCUGGUGGCCGUCCACCUGUUCGCUCUCAUGGUGAGCACCUGCAUCCUGCCCAACAUCGAAGCGGUCAGCAACGUGCACAACCUCAACUCGGUGAAGGAGUCUCCUCACGAGAGAAUGCACCGCCACAUCGAGCUGGCCUGGGCUUUUUCCACAGUCAUUGGAACGUUGCUCUUCCUGGCUGAGGUGGUCCUGCUGUGCUGGGUCAAGUUUUUACCCAUUAAGCCGAAGGACCAGAAAAACGGUACUAUAUCCGCCGGGGUGGCCGCUGCGAUCACUUCUACCUCCAUCAUGGUGCCUUUCGGCUUGGUUUUUAUCGUCUUUGCUGUGCAUUUCUACCGCUCGCUGGUCAGCCACAAAACCGACAGGCAGUUUCAAGAGUUAGAAGAGUUAGAGGACUUACAAAACGAACUGGACCAUCGAGGGGAGGCGUCUACCUUACAGUCUCCCAGUUCCCUUUACCCCUAGUUUUAAGUAUGGGAAAGAGCUUCUGUUAAUGUUUUUAGGUUUGUCAAGUGUUGCAACACACCGUAUUUUCGACCGUAGUAUUGAUCUAUCUGUUGCAUGUGGACACCGAGAGUGUCCAGUUUUAUAUGUGUUGAGGAUUUGUUCACCGUUUCUGCUAGGUUUACUAAUACCAGUCAGACUGUGAUAACUGUGAAAGCAUGCACUGCAUGUUUUAUGGAUUUUUUAUUUAUUUUUUUUCAUUUUUGGUUCUUACAUGAAUGAAAACUUUUUAUUUUAAUGUGCUCACCUUCAGGCCAUCAGAGGUGUUUAGUUGGUUUUUUCAUCAGAACAGAUUUGGUGGAAUGUAGCAGUACUUUACUCGCCGGUGGAUCUUCUGCAGCGAAUGGGUGCCGUCAGAAUGAGAGUCCAAACAGCUGAUUAAAAAAAAAAAAAAACAUCACAGCGAUCCAUUGUUAAUACAUUUUAAGUGAAAAAUAUAGCUAUAGUGUCAUUUCUUCAUAAUAUUGACUCAUUUUAUUUGAAACAGGAGAGAAAUAUGCAUAGGUCUAAACGAAAAUGUCAGUGGGUUUUUGUCAUAGGACAACAGGAGAUGUUUCCACUGGAGGAAGCGUUAGUAUGGAUUAUGGACUGAUGGUUUAAAACGAUGUUUCUUACAAACAUGCUGGUUUUCACUUCACAAGAUGUUAUUUGUUGUACCGGACUGGAGUGCUGUGGAUUAUUGUGUGAUGUUUUUAUCAGCUGUUUACUCUCAUUCUGACGGCACCCAUUCACUGGUGAGUGAAGCAAUGCUUCAUUUCUCUGAUCUUAAUUACUAAAACUUGCUCCAAACCCAUCUACAUCUUGGAUGACCUGAGGGUGAAUCUAUUUUCUAACCUGUGUUUUUUUUUUCUUUGGUGAACUUUUUAUUUUUUUUUAUUUUUUUUAUUUAUCCCAGGGAAAAUCCUUUAUUUCAGUAUGGCAGCUGUGCCAGUUCUGUUACUCACAAGGUUUUUAUUUUCACACAAGGCAAGCUACAUUCUUACAGGCAUGAGUUUAUAUCACAAACACCUUUUUUUUAAACACAGAUCAGAGGCUUGUUUAAAGUCAUUACUCUUACGUCCGCUUGACCAAAUAAUAUCGAUGCGUUCUGAAUCAGGGCUUCGCUGUUGAACAGCAGAAUCAACCAAAAAUCAGAGUCUUAUUCAAACUCAAUUUUUUCCCCUAAGUGAACCCCCCGAACGAGCACAUCUUAGUAGAAACAAAGGCACUUUAUCAACGUGUUUGUCUGACCUUUUUUGGUAGUAUUUGAAAUGGCUUCCCAUUAAAGGGGCCUCUGUUCGCUCUGAAGUCGGACACAAGUGCUUAGAGCAGUCACGGCUAAAGAGCUGGCAGGAUUGUGCGAUUAUGCUAGCGAACACAUUUUAAAGUGUUCCUAAGCAGAGGAACGUUUAAGCAUGUAGUUACAUCAGCAGCAUACACUAAAUAUACUAAAACAGCAUUUAAUUAGGAUGUUCAGUAUUGCCAAAUUGAAACAGUGAUAUUUUUUUUUUUCCAAAAUAUGUGAAACGAUAUCCAUGUUGUGUUUAAAGAAGCUCUUUUUAUUAGUGCACAGCAGAACUCACAGUUUUAUACAUUUUAAUUAAAGUCUUAAUCAAACCAACUUCAACAAAACACCUUUUUGUGUUCUUUUAUAUCAUUUAUGACGUGCAUUUGUAGCCAAAAUUAGUAUUUUGUUAAAUACUAGUAAAUGUGGCAACAGCUUUUUUUUUUUGUAUCGUGUGACAGUGUUUUUAUUGUGAGUGAGGGGUUGAUAAAAAGUAUUUCUUUGCA